AUGGACACCAUGACAUUUGAUGACGAGCCACCACCUGAACCGCGGGAAGGCUGGUUGCUGGUACGCGUAUUUGUGCCAGAGUUGAACGUCCAUAAGAGCCUUCAGUUUCCGUCGGAUAAGAUCGUAUGGGAUGUGAAGCAGCAAUGUCUUGCUUCCUUACCGAAGGUUGCCUAUUGGUUUUGGGAACUCAAAGAAAGCUUCAACUAUGGAUUAUUCUCUCCACCAUCUAACGGCAAAGCCGGAAAAUUCCUGGAUGAAGAACGACGGUUAGGGGACUACCCGUUUAAUGGACCGGUUGGCUAUUUGGAGUUGAAAUAUAAACGUCGCGUGUACAAGAUGCUCAAUCUCGACGAACGUCAACUGAAAGCUUUGCACACUCGUGCCAAUUUGCGGCGUUUCAUCGAGUGCAUCAAUAGUGGCCAGGUGGAAAAGAUUGCCAAGAUGUGUGCCAAAGGAUUGGAUCCUAACUUUCACUGUCAGGAAACAGGUGAAACACCGCUUACGAUUGCUACUGGCUCUAAAAAACCGAACAAACUGUUAAUCGCACUCGUGAAUGGCGGAGCUCUUCUCGACUAUCGGACCCGUGAUGGAGCCACCGCACUUCAUCGAGCUGUCGAACGUGAUAGCCUGGAAGCAGUAAGCACGCUUUUGGAAUUAGGAGCAUCACCAAACUAUCGUGAUACAAAAGGCCUCACACCUGUAUACUUGUCUGUAACACGAAAAACAGAUCCCAAAAUCAGUGAAGUACUCUUACACGACCAUGCAACACUCGGCAUUCAGGACAGCCAAGGAUGGCAGGAAGUGCAUCAGGCUUGUCGGAACGGGUUAGUUCAUCAUUUAGAGCAUUUAUUGUUCUACGGUGCGGAUAUGGAUGGUCAAAACGCUUCCGGCAAUACGCCGCUGCAUGUUUGCGCUGUUAACAAUCAGGAGGCUUGCGCUAGAAUGCUACUCUUUCGUGGUGCCAACAGAGGCGCACUAAACUAUGCCAACCAGACACCGUACCAGGUUGCUGUUAUUGCUGGUAAUCUUGAGCUAGCUGAGAUGAUUCAAAAUUACAAAAACGAGGAUAUUGUCCCAUUCCGUGGACCACCUCGGUACAAUCCUAGGCGUCGAUCUGGUUUAGGCUGGGGCACGACUCUAUCUCGCAUAUAUGGUGGACCACCGUCCCCCUGCCCGUCCGAGCAUCCAUUCAGUUCCGCUAGUUCCAGCCUGUCUGAAGGUUCCAGCCACCGAAGCCAUGAAGAUGACAUCAGCAUAGUAACAGAUAAAAGUCUGGGUGACACAAGUGAUAUCAUCAGCGAUUCGUCCGGUGUUGGAACGAAUUCCGACAGCGCCGCUUGUUCGAUUGGUCACCCAAGUACAACUGUCGUUUGCAUGGAAGGCUACGAUGCGGGACUUUCAGGACACAUUCAUAUACAACCAGGCGAUGUAAUAGAGGUGGUUGGUUCAACUGACUGUGGUUUACUGGAAGGUUUUGUACGUGGUACGAAUAAGACGGGUUUCUUUCCGGCCAGUUGUGUACAAGAGGUGCAGUUCCGUCAAAAGAGUAUUAUAAACGUUUCCACCUCAACACCUCACCAUCAUUAUUUGAUAAACACGAGCAGCAAUGAAAUAGUCAGUCAUGAUUUACAACAACAAUUGCAGCAGCAACAGCAACUGCAACUGCAACAACAGCCAUCCUCGCUUGAUCAACAACAGCACCCCCAACAACAACAAUACAGCAGCCAAACAGCUCCUAGGGUGAAGAAAUCAAUCAUUGGAGAACCACGGACGGUAGUGCUACAUCGUGCCAAGCGAGGCUUUGGAUUUAUUCUGCGUGGCGCUAAAGCCUCAUCUCCUCUAAUGCAGCUGAAACCGUCGCCGCGAUGUCCUGCAUUGCAAUAUUUAGAUGAUGUGGAUCCAGGUGGUGUGGCGGAUAUGGCUGGUUUGAAACCGGGAGAUUUUUUGCUAGCCAUUAACAGUGAAGAUGUUACCUGUGCAUCGCAUGAACAUGUGGUCGAUUUGAUUCGCAAUUCAGGUUCGCUGGUAUCAAUGACGGUUGUAACUUUGUCACAAAACCUUAUAAAUUCAAUGAUGCUUGAGUCAUCCGAGAUUGGAAGUCAACAUUCCUCCGGAUCGGGAAUGAGUACUCCAAUAUCAUCCCGACAAUGUUCGACGUUGCCCCGGCGCAUGAAUGGUGGUCCACCGGGGAGCAAUUGCAAACAACCUGCACCCAUGCCGCCACGCCGUGAUCCAAAGACUACACUAAGCGUAGGACGUGCACGGGCCAAAUCAAUGGUUGCUGGACUGGAAGGUGGUGGUGAAAAAGGCGUAGAUGACGAUGAUUUAGUGAAUGCGACCAAAUCUACUUCAGCGGAAUCGAUACACCAGGCACAGACUCAACUAUUACAGGCGCAACAGUGUCAUUCGGCGAUUGGGACCCCCACACAGACAGGACCCGGCACGCCUAUUCAACCGCGUACAGCUAGCAUCAAAUCACGACCAACGUCUAGUCGAAUAACGGCCGCCGAAUUAGAGGAAUUAUUCCAGCGCCAGCAAGGAGCCGAUGCAAACCGCUGCUCCAUGCUCAUGUCAAGCUCGAGAUUCCAAUCGACCGGAUUUGACAGUGGUGCUGGUACACCACCGAUUUCACCUCAGAAGGGGCCAAUCGUAUAUGCGAGCGUUGCCGAAAUGAAGCGCAAAAAGUCAUCCAAAGCAGGAAUGGGUACGCUAAAGGGGCGACCGAUACCGAUACCACAAGUAGGUUCGGAUCUGAGGCGAACAUUCCACAGUACACCCGAUCUAGCUUCAAUGUCAUCGUCCAUUCAGAAUGGUGGAACAACAUCGUCGUUGUUUUUUGGAAACAGUUCGGGAGCUGGAUCACAGUUGGCAAUCAACGCUAACGGAUGGUAUAACACCGUUGGUCACAAGGGACACCGAUCUCAGGACGAUAUGUAUAGUCUACACAUGUCCCUGCAAAGACUGAACCUUCCCCCGCCAAAUCAUCCACCUCCACCGCCGCCAGUCGGGCAAGUUGUAAAGGUGGAUGUUUCGCGGGGCUCAGAGUACGAAUGUCUGACAGCCUUGCGAAAACACAUAGCUCAGAAAGCCAAAGUUCAAUCUCAAGUACUGGAGGCUGAAGUUAUGUCUAGCUUCAAGCCCGCCUCGAACGCAAAAUUAUAUGCUUCCCCACAAGACAUUCGUAACGUUGGUUACCGUACAGUAAACGUGACGGGAGCUACUCCCUCGCCAUCGCUCACGGGUUCAACGACGGCUGCAGCAGCCGGAAACAACGGUGCCUCUUCUUGUGGUAGCAGUGAAAGCAACAUAAACUCGAACGUGGAGCUCAAUAAAACGGCUUCACUUAGGUCAAACACUAGUUCGACGAUCAACAUACAUUCUAGUAACGUGACUGGUAGUGUUAAUAAUGUAACAACAGUAACGAUCACUGGCAGUGGAAGCGGAAACGCAAUAGCUAGUAGUACAUCAUCAAAUCAAUACGCUCAACCCGGCCGUCCAGGUGCUGAAACUCAGCAGCAAGUGGCCCAACCUCAAGCACUCUAUAAAUCUCCACCGAAUAAUGCACCUCCACUUCCGGAACCAGAUUAUAGUUUAAGUGAAUCCGAUCCGGACGAAGACAAUUCAGUACGUUUGGUGCGAACACAUAUGAAAACAAACGGGGAUUUGAAAGCGACGCAUAAUCCGGGAAUGGCAGCCGAAACCAGUGGCAACAGUAACACAAGUGGUAGCUCGACUGGCUCCAGCUCGAUGCCUCAUUCAUUCUCGGUGGAAGAAAUACAGAAGAUUCGCACGAAGCUAAAAUCUUCUAAAUCCUACCCGAACGAUUUCUUGCGACAACAAAAUAAUCAGCAAGCUCUCCCUGGCGUUGACCACGGUGCAUCAGGUGGACCACACGAGGAAGGAGACAAUUCAUCAUCUGGUGUAAGCAGUGACCAGGAAGUAACGAUCACCUGUAACGAUACAAUGAAGCAAGCAAAACCUUCAUUCCUCAAGCAGCCGACCGGUGCAACUCCUCCGAAAACAAAUGCCAUUACCUCCCCCACCCCCCUAGCCACUGUUGGAACAGCAGCCUCUGGUUUGAACGAACCGAAGAAGGUGACGUUACAGUUAGGGGCUGCAACGGACACACAAUUUAAACAAAGCAACAGUGUUCCCGUACGAAGAAGUGAUGUUGAGGAUAAUGAUGAGGCUGAUCAAGAUGGUAAUGACAGUCCUAGUCCACCAGCGACUGGAUUUCAGCGGCAUAAUUCACUCACAAGGAAACAGGCCGCUACACUGGCAGCAAGCCGUGCAAAGGCAAAUCAACAAAAUCUACAGCAACGGCAUGCAGUUACGUUAGCUACCUUACCACCACCUAUCGAGGCCGCUGACUCCGACGAAGCUGACUCUUGGUCGCAUACGCUUCAGACUUCUGGUGGUAAUAGUGCUUCACAGUUGGUGGCAAGUGCCGGAAUGGUAGUGUUAGCACCGCCGCCAGAGUUUAGCGAUUCAACCGUAAGCCAUAUUGCACCAUCUUCUGCAAGCUCAGGUGGUGUUAGUAUUAGUGUGCAAGGACACCAUUCGCGUCAACACACGCAUCAGCACCAUCAGCAUCAGCAUGUCCACCAUCAUCAUCAGCAUACGGGAGGCGGAUCACUUGUGCUUGGCGGCCACAAUCCAAACUGCAAGCGUGUCCGUAUCGUUGGGGCCGUGCCGAAGGUUAAUCGCAUGAACAGUCAGUAG